AAUGUAAUUCUCAACGAUCUCUCUCGCUCGUUGUCUUGCUCUUUCUCUCAACUCGGUAUAUAUUAUAUACGCACGCAGGCACUUGUGUGUGGUAUGUGACUGCUGUAUAUAUACUUAUAUAUACAUAAUAUAGUGGUGUCAGUGUGGUGUGUUGUGUGCAAGCUAAGGGGACGACGAUUAUUUUAUAUUAUAUAUAUAGAGAGAGAGAGUGCGAGAGAGUGAGAAACAGCAUUGGCCGAUUGAUAAAAGUCGGAUCUCUCUUUCUCUCUCUGUCUCUCUUCGUGCGAGUAUGCGUGCUGUGUGUAUAUAUGCAGUUGAACUCGAGAUACCGUAACAUACGAGUUGUAGCUGAAGUAGCAGAGCGACGUCGACGGCGACGAGUAGUGGCCGCCGUCGAGGACAAUCGUCAGUGAAGAAGAAGAAAAAGAAGAAGCAACAAAAAAAGUCAACCCGAUACAGCAACCGCCGUGGCCAAGUACUGCGUGCGGAUGUAUGUGUCAAUGCUGCGAAAAUGGUGAGGUGCAGUGCGCGGAAGUUGACAUCAGCGUCGUCGUCGUCGUCGUCGACGGCUCGCCCUCGUGCCCGAGGCUUGAGCAACAGCAAACGCAACAGCAAGAAAAACCUCUACUCGAUCUGCGAACGCUUCAGCAGCGAUUACUGCCAAUUUCUUCAAGUACAUUGUCGUACUACGAGCCAUGACCGACACUUCGGACGAUGGUGACUAUUUGGUAAGGGUCAGGGCACAGGUGAUGACACGCGAUGACAGCACAGGAGGUUGGUUACCUCUAAGCGGGGGAGGCUUAGCCAUUGUUUCUGUAAGACGGAGACCAGUAGCAAUAAAUGUAUUAAAUGGUAGCGAAAAUAAUACAAGUGAAAAAAUUCAAAAUACAAACAAUGGCCCUACAUCAACAGCACCAACAAUAACACCAACACACAUGCCUAAAAAGAGACAUGAGUAUCUAAUUCAUGGCAAAAGAAUUACAGAUCAAUCGGUGGUCCUCAGUUGUACAAUAAAAAGAGAUUUUGAAUACAAUAAAGUAAUGCCAACGUUUCAUCACUGGAGGACUGGCGAAAAGAAGUUUGGUCUGACGUUUCAAACCGCUGCAGAUGCGCGAGCUUUUGACAAAGGCGUUCGUACUGCGGUGGACGAAUUAUUAGAAGGCCUUGUAAUUACGUAUCCGGCCAAUGAAACUACUGAUUCAGACGGCGGAGACGAUGUGUUUAUGACGCUGAAUUUACCGGCAGAAGCCCCAGACCCCUCGAGAGUACCGAUCAGCGAAACUUCGGCAGUGGCGAAUCGAGCACAGGCGGUGCACAACGCGCCACCGGCCGGCCAGCGGCACACGGAUCACUGCUUGUCCACGGAUAACACUUCCCAGAGACCGAUUCACUACAUAAGCAGUCCAUCGAUGGGCAAGCCACUGCCGCCGGCACCUCCUCUUUCCUCCGAUCAUCAUCGUCACAAUCCGGCCGAUCUGACCGGCGACAAUUAUCCUUACGUGCAGCUGACGACGCUCAAUCAUCACGAGUACCUGUAUCCGCAUCCCGUCAUCGACGAUCAACAGCAGCAUCAUCACAAGCCCACGAGCGAAAAACUCGAUCGCUCGAACUCGCAGGGCUCGCUAAAGAAACCUGAUAUAUUGGUGAACCAGCCAUCGACAAAAGGCAACGAUUCAUUCACUGGUAAGGGUUCGAUCACGAGAGGAUCCGAUCAGUUUAGUCCGAGAACAUUUUGCCAACACUGCCGCAAACAUUAUUUGGAGGCAGAGAACCGAAGGGGUGCGUGCGCCGUAGCACCCGAUCCGGUUAAACGAGGAGUAGAAAUUAUAUCGUGCAUACCCUGCGCCAAGGGUAUGUUUUAUCAUUGUGUGAAGGGCUCUGAAGAUGAUUCCGAAGAUGAAUUCGAACAGAGUUUCGAGCAAAUAGUUUGUAGUUGCGAAAGAGACGACAAGUGCGGACGGCGUUGGUUUGGCUUAGCUUUUCUAUCGUUAUUCGUUCCAUGCCUAUGGCUGUAUCCACCACUGCGAGCCACGCACUGGUGCGGUACUUCCUGCGGUCUUUGGGGUGGCAAGCACUCGUAUGCUUAGCGGGAGGAACCCUUUGAUAUAUCUGCAUCGUACAACGCUCUUGCUUCGUCGAAAUGGAAGCAGCCACAAGGAGCGCAGCAGUCCAAGUCAGUGCAGCAACAGCCUCAGCAGCAACAUCUGCAUCACCAGGCUAAGGCAGUCGCCAACGUUUACGAAUGCCAUGAACUGACGAUGGGACGAUGUCAGAGAUAUCAAAGGGGCAGGCAGCUACCGGUACAUUCGCUAUUCCACCAAGGACACUUAUGAAUGAGCUAAAAGAAAUUAAACGUGCAUUUCUUAAUAAUCGUUUUAUUUUGCGAAAAUCAUUAAGCGUAUUGAUGGUAAUAAAGACUUUUUCAUUGUACUAGCUUUUUAUAUCGUGCAAGUGAAUAUGCGAAAAAAUGAAUGUGGAAAGUGCGCUUAAAUCUCGCGAACAUGUCGAGUGUGUAAAAUUCGUUAUAAGAAGCUUGAUUUAUUGUGAUGGAUUUGAAUCUUCUGCGAAAGAAGCUCGUUUGUUAAAUUGUGUUGUGUGCCCGUGUGAAUGAUUUUACGUUACGAAUAUUUAUGUGUUCAAAAAUCAUUAUUUUAAUUUUUUAUAACAAUAUGCUUGGAAAUCAGAGGGACGCCUUUUUAACAGGAGUGUGCAGUUAAUGACGUUUAGGGCUUUGAAAAUAAUAUAUUUAUUAUUAUAUGAAAAAAGCUCUUUUGUAAUAACAGUAAAAUCAUAUAUAACUUAUGAUUGUAACGGCGAAUUAAACUGUGGAGAACUUGCAAUGUUUACCUCAUCUAUAACUCGUCAUUAUUUUGAAUAAUAAUUGAAGAGUACAAGUGAACUUUAUUUUAAUAAAGUUGAAAUGUUUCCUUAUCAUGAGCACAAAAAACUUAUCUAACAAAUACAAAAUAACUAUUACGUAACGAUAAAUAAGAAAAAACGCAAAACGUAAAUUGCAUUUGAUUACCGAAAGAUUUUUUUGAAAAUAUUGUACAUUUCAUAAAAUUUUAUAUAUUUUGUUAAUGAUACAACUACCAGUACAUCAUGAAAAUGAUUAAAAUAUUAAAUAUUUUUAUGAUUUUCAUAAUUAUGCUGAACAAUUUUUCGUCACGUAGCUUUCAUGGCAAUCCAUUAACAAAUGUAUUAAAAUUUCAGUGUAGUAUUUAAAAUGAUAAUGUAAAAAUUGAACACAACUUUACGAUUAAAACCAAAAUUGAUAUAAAUUAGGAUUUUCAAGUUAUUACUAUGAAAAGGAUGUUCGAUACUUUUCUGUUACGCCUCAUUCUUCACUAUUUUAUAUUUAGGAUUAGAAAUUUUUUAAGAAAAUUUUAUUUGUAUCUCUAAUAUUCUUAUAGUUUUAUUGAAAAUUGAACCAAAAAAGUGAAGUAAAUUGUAAAAAAUGCAGAAAAGUAACGAAUAUUAGUGUUAGAGAUAGGCAUAGUUAAGAAAUUAAUUAUAAAUUUGUUGAUUGUAUAAAAUUCAUGUUCAUAAACACUAGUUAAUAUUUUUAUCAUUUCAUACAACUUCACUAUAAUUAAGCGUUUUCAUUGAGUCUGAUGACUUUGAAAUAAAGAUAUAUUGUAUAACUUCGAUCAAUUUACCAUUGCUUUUUACAUAGUAUUGUUUUUCAUGAAUAUUACAAAAUUUUGUUAGAUCAAUAGCGAAAAACUCGUGUAUAUCGCAGCAUGUACGUUGACUUAAUUUUAAAAUCUGUAUAAGCGAUAAAUUUAUUCUUUUCGGUAACGAUUCAUUAUUAUAAUUUAAAUUAUAAUAAUAAUCUGAAAAUAAUUAUAAUGACAAUCCUUUUACAAAGAUUAACAUUAUAAUUAUUUGGAAAAAAAUUAGACCAUCGCUUUUGUUGACAAUUUUAUUUUUGGUAAAAUUACAUUUUUUGGAUUUAAAAAGUUGAUUUUACUGAAUUCAAACUAGUUUGGUAAAAAUUAAAAAUUCGGAAAACUGUAAUGAACCUUGCUGUGUUUAAAGCAAUUAAAUUCAAAUCUUAUUCGAUUUAAAUCUUCAAUGUACUUUACGCGUAUCUACGUGUAUUCGCCCACGCACCAUUUAAGAUAUUAUAUUAUAUUGUGUUAUAAUUUUGUAAACAUUUGCGCCGAAGCACUUUAACUAUGCCUCGAUGCUUCUGUAUACCUACUCGUAUUCGUUCACCAUAAAUGCAAAGUCGUGUGUAAAUCUAAUUUAGGCUGCAGAAGCAAAACGCUGCUCUUGCCACUCAGUUAGCAAAUCUCAUAUCACUAUAUUCAUCCCCGGUUCAUUAUUAUCACGAUCAUUUGCGGCCUUUUAUUAUAAGUUUUUUUCUUUUCUCACACUACCUAUCUUUUAUCAUUUUGUAAAUAAUAUACAAUAUUUUAUUUCAUAAUUAAAGCGUAAACAAAUUUUAAUUCAGUAUUUUUUUUCAUUUCACUUUCUUUUGAAUACAUGUUGGAAAUGAAUGCAAUUAUGUUGGUGUGAUUCUUAACUCGAAAUACUAAUCACUAAAAUGAAUGAGACAUUAUUAAUAAUACUCAAAGCGAAAAUAUAGAUAGAAGUAUAUAACUGCAUAAUAGUGACAACGAAUUUCGUUAUAUCAACGCAUAAAUGUUAAAUAUAAGUCAAGUUACAAUCGUUUCACCAUCAGCUGUUUUGGUGUAUAAAAAAAAAAUUAACUAAUUUUGGAGUUUAUUAAAAAUAAUUUUUUAUAAUUUGGUAUUCGAUGUUGAAUGACAUUUCAUCCAAUACUGAUGUAUGAAUUUUCAUUUGUAAUCACACCGGAUCGUCAUCAUCGGAAAGAUAUUUCAAACUCGUGACUACUUUCUAAAAAAUAUAUCAUAAUGAUCCAAGAGAAAAUCAUACGAUUAACGUAAAAAUGUCAUAAACUUUUCAUAAUUUAAAUUUAAGUUCCGGUAUGUUUAAACGCCACAAUUAAUUCUGCAUUUUAACAGAACCUAUUGCAGUAACGAUACUCAAAAAAAAUGUAAGAACAUUCAGUGUCUAUGAUAAAAGAGAACGAAAGGAGCCCCUUAAGUCUCAAACGUAGUAAUUAUGAAUAUCGACCAAUUAAUUAAAUUUUGAAGCUAAAAACUGAAUAAAAAAAUAUUCGGUCUUUCGUAAACAUUGAAAAAUUUGAAGUUCAUACUAAAAUAACAAACAAACAAUAUAAUCGUAAAUCAAAUGUUUCGUUGUCCAAAAUAUGAUGUAACACCAGUUCAAGACUAAAUGUUCCAAGUCUGAUUUUUCUUAAGUAAUAAUACAAAUUAGGUGUAAAUGAUAAAUAAUAGCGAAAAUGAGAUACAUACUGUUAAAUUUCAACGACAAAAUGCAAUGAUUAAAUUUUUUGUUUGAUCGCUUAUUGAUCGCGCUGCA